UCAGGCAAAAUAGAUUUAGAAACAAAAAGGGUGAUGCAAUUACCUCGAUGUGGCGUAGCAGAUCGAAUCUCAUACGGAAACUCAGCACGGAAAAAACGCUAUACAAUACAAGGAAGUAAAUGGAAAACAAGGGAGUUAACUUACAGAAUUCUUCGAGCACCUUCCGGACUUAGCCAUUACGAAGUAGAAAGGGAAAUAAGACGAGCUUUUAAGGUUUGGAGUGAUGUCACAUCUUUGACCUUCAAACAGUUGGUUAACAGGGAUACAGAUAUCGAUGUAAUGUUUGCGUCUCAUGAACACGGGGAUCGUCAUCCGUUUGAUGGAAUCGGAGGAACAUUAGCUCACGCUUUCUUUCCUGAGUUUGGUGGUGAUGCACAUUUUGAUGAUUCCGAACCUUGGUCUGUUGACAGCUGGAAAGGGGUUAAUCUCUUUCAAGUGGCGGCGCAUGAAAUAGGUCACUCUCUCGGUUUGGCUCACUCUGAUGUCAACGAUGCUUUGAUGGCACCGUUCUAUCGAGGAUAUAAACCAAAUUUUAAACUAAGCAGAGAUGAUAUAGCUGCUGUACAAGAACUCUAUGGAAGUCGGUCAGAUUCGCGGUUUUACCCGCGCCCUCCCGACCCAUUGCCGACACAGGGCCGAAUGAGUGGACCACCUAUUUGCCAUGAUGCUUCCAUAGAUGCCAUUACUAAGUUACCUGAUGAUGCCACAUAUGUCUUUAAAGGAGAUAAAUAUUAUCGUUUGUCAGGAACAGGAAUUGAUGUAGGAUAUCCAAGAAAAAUCGAAUGGGACUGGCUCGGUGUCACUGGUCCUAUUGACGCAGCCUUUACCUGGGAUAAUAGCUUCACAUUUAUAUUUAAGGGUGAUGAAUAUUGGAAAUUUGACCACAUGAAAGCAGUCAGUGGUUAUCCACGUAAAAUACGCGAUGGCUUCAAGGGAGUGCCGGAUAAUAUAGACGCAGCUUUUGUAUGGGGUGGAAACGGAAAGACUUAUUUUAUUAAAGGUCAGCUUUAUUGGAGAUGGGCUAAAUAUGGAGUAGAUUUUGGUUAUCCAAAGCAGCUGAACGUCUGGGUUAACCUUCCCUCCCGUGUUACCGCGGUGUUCAAAUGGCAAAAUGGGAAAACCUACUUCUUCAAAGAUGACGACUACUAUAGAUUCAAUGACAAAAACUUUAGAGUUGAUGAAGGCUACCCACGUAAAGUCAGUACUUGGUGGUUAGGAUGCAAUGACGACACACAAAAUCAAAUGCACCACAACGUGCAUUCAAUCAUCACUGCUCAUCCAAGUAUUCUAAAUCCAUCACGGACUCGGAAACCCCCAAGAGGUAGUCAGGACGAAAAUGAAAAUUUACAAACGAAAUUACAAAUUACACAGAAUGAGGCAUACCGAACAAAUUGUCACAUCUCUUUAUUGCUAACUACUUUUUUUACAAUAGUGUUCUUUCUAAGGCAAUGAUGUUGCAGAAGAAAUAACUUCAACUUAAACAACAAAAUAAAA